CCAUCUGCUCGCGAGGGUAGCGGAUUAUCGGAUGACGCUACUACAUCGGGUGAACGUCAACGAACUUCCUCGGAACCACCUCAAGGCGGAAACAGGCGACGCCGGCAGGGAAGUGAACCGGAUCCAGACGGUGAGUCGCGAGAAAGAGGAACGCCAUCACCUCCGGCACGAAUACACCGGGGAAGGGGCUCGGGAGGAACGGGUACUCCUGGUGCCGAUGACCGAGCGACCAGGAACGGGGACGCUGGAGGAAGCAUGGAACCUGGCGCCACGGGGAACAGAAGCGAGCACCCUCGUUCCAGUACCAGAUGCGGAGUGUGCUCGGGUGAGGGUGCACGGGUGCGGGGACCAACACUCUCGGAGGGACAGCCUGGAGGCGGCGGUUCAAGCUGACCCGGGGCUGCAGCUACGAGCUGAAAGACUGAUAAGGGGGUUAAACGACGAACCCCACGGAGCACGUUCGCUUUACAUCUGGAACCAAGACAGUCCGGGAAUAGGGCCUGCUUGGGACGAUGUCAGCAUGGAUGACCUCACACUCAGGUUCCAAACGGUGAAGAAAGUUCAACCUAGGUUUGCUUCCGACCAUGCCCGUCUCCAAACCCACGUGCUCCACCUGGUUAACAAGCAGCAUGCAGAAGGCGGCGGCGCUUCCUCGGCGACCGGGACCCCACUUUCCACUAUCCGGGUCAUCAAACUUUGGUACCUCCUACCAGGUAUUCUGCACUCCUUUGAUGGUCGGAUAGCUCGAAAAAAACGCUACAACUCGCUCAAAAGAGGGGAUAUAUCGUCCGUUCUUCCUUGGCUGAUUGAGUAUACCAAGGCGGCGAGUGCAAGGAGCAGGGGACCGGCACGGGAAGACACACCCGACGACAAGUUCAAAAGAGCGGCGCAGGCAUGCCGACACUCUGGAGGCGUGAAGGACGCAGCAAGAGCGCUCCUAGCCGAUCAACCGUCACCGGGGAACGACGAGACAUGGGCACGUCUGAAAGCCAAAUUUCCGCAUGAGGAUCCCGUACAAGUGGAGCAGGUCAUCGCCGAAGCCAUCGCUGCAAGCCGCACUGAGGAGGAGGAAGGAAGCGCCCCAAUAUGGAGGCCAGAAACCGAGUUCGAUCCACAAGUACUCCUUCAAGUCAUCAACAGCAGAAGCUCUAACUCUGGAGCAGGAAAUGACGGGCAACGUUUCUCCCACCUUAAGUCCAUCGUCAACACCAAAAUUGGUCGGGAAGAGUUCAGCAACGAGAUGUCGUCUCUUUGGAGGAGGCUCAUCAACGAUCCCAACGCGUUCCCACCGGAGUUCUGGACUCUUUGGAAACAAUCCAGUCUAAUCGCCCUCGGUGAAAAGUGCCGUCCAGUGUGCAUUGGAAUGACUUGGAGAAGGCUGAUUGCAGCGGGAACGGUCAGGGAGUGGAAACCGAAACUGGAAGAAAUAUUUCGGGAAGCGGACCAAUUCGGAGUGGCGGUAGCUGGAGGAGUUGAACAAGUUGCGAUGGACGCACAACUGGUUCAUCAGACAGGUCAUUGGGUAGUCCAGACGGAUUGCUCAAAUGCCUUCAACACGGGCAAGCGCACCGCCAUAAUGGCCCAGGCCGCAAAGAGCGUCCCAGAUCUCGUGGGGUACAUCGCCAGGUGUUACGACGAAAUCCCGGCAAAGGCGAUAUACACGAUGGACUCCGGAGAGCGUCGGACGAUCGAGUGCAAGAGCGGUGUGCAGCAAGGAGAUGGAAUGGGACCGCCCCUGUUCUGCUUCAUCCUUGUCCCGAUCGUCUUGAAGCUUAGAGUCAAGUACGACCACCUCGGGGUAAGCUUGAAAGCUUAUAUGGACGACAUCAGCCUGCACUUCAAAAAUAUCACAGCGGAAAAUAUCCAGGUGAUACCGGACCUCGUCGACGAACUAGAAGCUGUGGGCAUCAUCGUCAACAGGGGGAAGAGCUCAGCGCUUCCCCCACCAGGGCACGACGUGACGCCAGCAGAAAGGAGGCUACUUGGCGAUGCAGGCCUACCGAUUGCGGAGGAGGGCAUCACAGUUGUGGGAGUCCCCAUUGGGACGGAUGCCUACGUC